AUGCGUUUCGAAGCUCUUUCAACCCUUACCGCCGCAGCUCUUGCAGCAGCAGCACCUGCAACAGCACCAGUCGAAGCUCGUCAAGAAAAAACUGACGUACCAAAUGUUACCGUGAUUGGAACUGGUGGCACUAUUGCAGGUGUUGGAUCUGAAUUCGACACCACUGGCUACGAAGCUGGCGUUAUUCCAAUCAAAACCGUUAUGGAUAGGAUCCCUGAUCUAGACACUCGUGCGAAUGUGUCCGCUAUCCAAUACAGCAACAAAGCCUCUGAGGCAUUUGUUUCUAGCGAUAUGGUUGACAUUGCUAAGCUUACCAACGAUCUCCUUUGCGCACCUGAUUCAGAUCAAGCUGGUGUUGUGAUCACUGAGGGUACCGAUACCGUCGAAGAGACAGCAUUCCUUCUCGAUUCUCUGAUUAACUGCAACAAGCCAGUUAUCGUUACAGCUUCAAUGAGACCAGGUACUGCUGUUAGCUCAGACGGUCAAGGUAACUUAUUAGAAGCCAUCACUUUAGCUGGUUCUGAAAAGGCCAAGGGCAGAGGCGCGAUGGUUGUUUUGAACGACAGAAUUCAAUCAGCAUUCUACACUAGCAAGAUGAACGCCAACAACAUGGACGCUUUCGAUGAGAAGAACGCAGAAAUUGGUGGAUUCCUCAACUACGAGCCAUACUUCUACUACACUCAAGCACAGCCAACGUUCAAGAAGACUUUCAACCUUGAUGAGACACUUAAGAACAACGCCACCUCGCUUCCAAAGGUUGACAUGAUUUAUGGUUCACAAGAUUUUGAUUCAGGUCUCAUCACCGCUGCAGCAUCAUUAGGCUCAGAGGGAAUAGUAAUUCAAGGAGUGGGUGAAGGAUCAAUCCCAUCAUUCGCAGUAGACGCAAUCAACGAGGUGGUUGAUCAAGGAAUACCAGUCGUCGUUUCUGCUAAGCCAAUUUACGGAGCAUCUGUACCAAUGGAAGACGCAUCUUCAGCAUCAUACAUCAAGUCAGGAUACGUGAAAGCAGCACAAGCAAAGGUAUACUUGGAACUCGCAUUAGCCAACGGAUAUAAUAUGGAUCAAAUUAGAGAGUUGUUUGAGGGCGAUUUACGCUCAGCAAUCUUCCACCAAUAA